CGUGUCAUGUUUCACAGUGCAGUGUACUGAGGAGAUGAGGCCAAGUGCGAUGAUUAUGUCCACGAGACGAUCCUCACUUGAACGCACCCUGCCCAGACAGCCGGUAGAUAACCAAUUUCAUGGAACCACUCGUAGAAUUUCGCGAGGAUUUAUAUCGGUAGCAAUUGCGAAACAUUGAUGUACUGAAGACCUGAGCCUGCAUAUAAUGGAUGGACCGCAGACGACUCCAUUCACUUCAGAUAGUUCUGCGCCGCACUUGUGAGGAAAAGAUGAUUCGCCUUUUCAUCUUGGUGGCAUGCACGGUGGGAGUGGUGCAUAGCCGCUCCACGAGUGGCUCAUCCACGGAUCCGUUUGCACUUCCCGACGGUAUGCUGAUCGGGGCUGGCGUGUCAGCAUUCCAGACAGAGGGCGCUUGGAAUGUGUCAGGCAAAGCUGAAAGCGCCGCUGACCACGUGCUGCAUCUGGGCAGAUUGAGUUCGAUGGGCUUCGGGGACCCCCACGGCCACGACGUGGCGGCGAACUCGUACUACCGGUAUAAGGAAGACAUCGCGAUGGCAAAGGAACUUAAGCUUUCGAUGUACCGAUUCUCCAUCUCGUGGCCUCGCGUCCUGCCCGACACGAACGCCGCCAACCCCAACAGGGAGGGCGUCCAGUACUACCACGACCUCAUCGACGAGAUUCUCCGAAACAACAUGACGCCGUUGGCAACUUUGUACCACUUCGACCACCCUCAAAUUUUGGAGGACCAGUUCAAAGGAUGGCAGGGAGAGGAGAUGGUUGCCAAGUUCACGGAAUACGCCCGCUUCGUCUUCAAUCAGUAUGCUGGAAAGGUAAAGCUCUGGGUGACGGUGAACGAGCCCAACGUGUACUGUAUAUACUUCCCGAACCUCUACAAGGUGUCAGGAAUCUAUUCGGACAGCGACGUGCAGCGUUAUACGUGCAUCAAACACAUGGUCCUGGCGCAUGCAGCAGCAUACCACGUCUUUAAGGAAGACAACCACGAAGGUCAGCUCGGAUUUUCAUCCCUCUUAACUCCUGCUAAACCAAACACAACAAGUGCGGAAGACGUCUACGCAUCCGACGCUUACAACGACCUCCAGGGCGGCCUGGUGCUCAGCCCAGUGGUAUACGGGGACUGGCCUGAGAAUGUCAAGGAUAUUGCGGGCAGUAAAGUUCCACAAUUCAGUGAAGAAGAGAAGCAGUUCUUGAACGGUACUGCGGACUUCCUUGCCAUCAACAUCUACUACCCCGUCCGGGUCGCCUACAAGCAUGCGAACAGCGGUCGAGGCAAUGCUGAUAGCGCGGCGGAGAGCUAUGACCUCACGUUUGUGGCCGAAGAGUAUGAUUUUGCGCCAGGACAAACCAAGGAUCUGCUGUUUUCAAGGAUUCAACCUGAAGCGAUGCGAGAGGGAGUUUUGUGGACCUGGCAAAAGUACGGGCGACCUAUUCUUCUGGCCGAAAACGGCUACGGAGACAUUGAGCAGAUUGGGACGAACGACGAGAUUCGGGCAGCGUACCACAGUGCCUACCUGCGGACGCUGGUGACGACCGUGAAAGAGUACGGAGUGGACAUGGUGGGGUAUUGUGUGUGGAGUCUCAUUGACUGCUUCGAAUGGAGUUGGAGUUACAAACGUGUCUUUGGUCUGGUGCACGUGGACUACGAGAAUGGCAGUUUGAACCGCACGCUGAAGGCUUCGUCGAAGUUCUGGAUCGAGAUGGGCGAGACGGGCGUUGUGCCCCUCGUCGAAAUCCCAUCGUCCGCCGCUCCCUCUGCCAUUUCCUCCAUGCGAUCCCACACGCUACUCGCUCUCUCUAUGCUUUUGACUUUCUUUCGACGCUAGCUGAUUUGCACAGUCAAAAAUAUACUAUGGCCAUCGUUGAA